ACUAGAAACCCAAUCCUAUGGACACACUUUUCGUCCGAAGAACGAAUCCAGGAUAAGAACAACGCGGGGUGGUAUUGCUUCUGACGGAACCCAUGUUGAUGAAAGCAGUCGUCGUCCAUUCUUGAAGCUUUCCAUUCACAGGUUGAUAACAACGUUCGUUUUUAUGAGCAAUUUUUUUCCUGAACAGUUGUCAUGGUCUAAGUGACGCUUGAAAUGAACGUGCUUCGGUUGAUCUCUAUACAAUCUUGAAUUGUUGCAGAUAGAUUGACUGUUUUUGGUUUAUGAGCAAGAUUGUUUGACCCAUUAAGCAGUAAAUAAAGUACACAGUUCUUUGCUGGUGGUUAGCUAAUAGUUGCCUUCUUGUUGUUCGACGGAAUGCCUGAAUGAAAUAACAGGGGAGUUCCUGCCUUCAUGUUGGUAGAGCAGCUACAGUUUGGGAAUAUCUAAAGUCCUUGUUCCGUGGCCGUUCGCUUCUGAUUUCAAUAUGAGGAGGCUGUCCUCUCUGAAGGGUGCGAACCAAUUUUUGAGGAGGAACAGGAAGCGGCCAUUGUCUCCGUACAAAACCAAGUGGCACCAAACUUUCCGUGCAGAACAAGCCAUGCGAACUCUAAAAGACGCAGUCAAGACCACCAUAGAGCCAUUGCGCCACGGCGGUAAUCAACAUAUACUGCAAAAUCCUGCUGAACCCAAUCUUGUUACCACUCUGGUAGACUCCUUUAUUGCUUACAACUGUGAACCAACCCCAAAUGCUUACCACUUCGUCAUCCAGAGUCUAUGCGAAACCUUGCAGUUCCACCUGAUUCCACCAGUCCUCGAUCACAUUCGAAGCGUCGAGAAAUUUGAAACUCCCGAGUACAUUUUGAGCGAUCUUAUAGAGUUUUAUGGUGAUUGUAACAAAAUUGAAGAUGCUGUUGGUUUGUUUCUCGAUAUACCCAAGUUCAGGUGUGUCCCUUCUGUCUGCUCACUGAAUGCUCUACUGUCAGUACUUUGUUGUAGCAGAGAUCACUUGAAGAUGGUGCCUCAGAUUUUGCUGAAGAGUCAGCAGAUGAAUAUCAGGAUAGAUGAAUCGACUUUUAGAAUAUUGAUUGGUGCACUUUGUCAGUUGAGGAAGGUGAAUUAUGCUAUCGACAUAUUGAAUAGAAUGAUGAGUGAUGGAUUCACAGUUGAUGGGAGAAUCUGCUCGCUGAUACUAUCGUCAUUCUGUGGACAGAGGAACUUUUCUAGUGUUGAGGUUUUGGGCCUUUUGGAAGAAUUGAGGAAAAUGGGUUUUUCCCCUGGGCUAGUAGAUUAUGCAAAUGUGAUGAAGUAUUUGGUGAAGAAUAGAAGAGGUAAUGAUGCUUUGGAUGUCUUGAAUCAGAUGAAGGUUGGUGGGAUUAAACCUGAUACUGUUUGCUACACAAUGGUUUUAAGUGGGGUCAUUGCUGAGGAGGAUUAUGAGAAGGCAGAGGAGUUAUUUGAUGAAAUGCUUGUUCUGGGUUUGGUCCCUGAUGUGUAUACCUACAACGUGUAUAUAGAUGGUUUGUGUAAGCAGAAUAAACUUGAAGCAGCUGUUGAAAUGGUAGCUUGUAUGAAAGAACUUGGCUGCAGGCCUAAUGAUGCUACUUACAUCAUGAUAGUUGAGAGAUCUUGUAAAGUUGGGGAGCUGAAUAGGGCAAGGCAGCUUGUGAGAGAAAUAGGAGUGAAGAGUUUCGGGCUAAUGUUGCAAAUAUAUAUGCUUCUGCUCGAGGGAUUCAGUGGCAAUGGUAAAAUUACUGAAGCUUGUGAUUUAGUGGAUGAAUUGUUGGUUAAGAGUUCACAAUUUGAAUGUAUAACAGUUGAUGAGAUAUUAUGUAGUUUGUGCAAGAGAAGGUUGUUCUCAAAAGUGCCAGAUUUACUCGAGGUGAUUGUCAGGAAGGGUAUUAUUCCUGGAGCUAUGACUUGGGAAGCACUUAUUGAUGACUGCGGAUCUGAAAUCAAUUCGCUGGAGAGUAGUCUACUUGAGUUGGUAAAUUCUACACGAGAUAAAUGAAGUGCACUUGCUUUUGCUGAAUGGCGACCUUGUUGGAAACCUGGUACGUAGAAAAUUUGGAAUCCAUGAAGAAGCCAAGCUGUAGAUGAUAUGGCACCCUUUAGAUGAACGCCUAUUUGGCGGACAACGUGGCAGUGUGAAACUCUCUUUCCACCUACUGAGGAGAAUAUGUAUGUGGUUGCAGGAAACGGUAACAAGUUGUCAUCGAUCCUCGUUAGUAAUGAAAUUUAUAAGAUGAGUGAUCAGACUACUUCUGAACGGUCUCUACACUCUUCAUAAAGUCACUCCUCAGGUCACAGCGGUGAUGAAUACAAGGUUCAGAAUGUCAGGAAGGAAAAUUUACACCAGAUAUGUUCUCUAUAUGCCCGGAGUACUCUGCAAUGUGGUUUAUCUACAAUAUCAAGGUGAUGAUUUAAUCUUCAUAAGUUAUCUGAGGAUCAAAUCAAGGAUAUCUACUGCAUUUUGCGCUUUUACUAUUGAAAGGGCCUUUCUAAUUCAUACUUGAAAGUUGAAAGAUCAUUCACCUGAACUCUGUCAUUCCAUUGGGGUUUUGCUGGGUGCUUUCUUGGAUCGAUCUUUCUAAAUGUUGGGCACAUAAUUAAAUAAGUUAUGCUAGUUAUGAAACAUUGUGGCUUGUAUCAAUAAGUUUAUUCUUGAUGACUCUGAGUCUGACUACGACGGUCAGGCAUAACAGUGUAUCAUGUCUUGGAAUGUGAAUGCAAUGUUAGAGAUAUCGUUGACGUUUGUAUUAA